GCGGAUGGUCUGGCCCCGUGUGAAUUGCUCUCUUCUGCCCGUGCACCUAAGGCUGCUGAGAAGCAAAAGUGCGUCAGUGACCGCUUUUAUCGACCCCGCUCGAGUUGAUAGCAGCGCUGGAUGUUUGAUUGUGGUUUCUUCUAAAUUGCAACACAGGAACAAUGGCAAAAGACUAUCUAAAGAACUGCUGUAAAUGGUGCUUCUACGUGGAAAAAGAAAAAAGUGAUCCAGUUUCCAUGGUGCCGGAAUCUGAAGCGGUAGCCGCAAAUAGGCCAGCUAUUGUGGAGAAACCUCCAUUGUCUUCUGUGUCAGUGAAGCGUCAAGUUGGCUGUUCAGAGGAUUAUCUGCUUUCUAAACUGCCCCAGGACGGUCAGGAGGUACCGUUUGUGGUUCCUCCAUUCAAACUAGCUUACGUGCAGCCGAAGAACCUAGCUAGUGUUUCACAUGCUGGGGGGAUUCAAGAAUCUGCCAGAGCUUCAUUUGGUGACCGGAAAGCAGAACUCUGCAGUAUGUACCAGUGGCCCCAGUAUGACGUGUACAACCCUUUCUUUUUGGAGCGACAUGUUUCACCAGAUCUCGUUAGGCGCUUCCAGGAAAAAUCAGAUAAUAGGAAAUUAUAUGGAUCUGCCAGUGAUUUAAGAACUAGCACCCUACCUGGAUCACAUGAUUUAAGUCGUUCAAUGUUUGAUCUCAGAAGCCCACCUCACAGAUUCAUGAAGAGGUAUGACUCACUUUCCAGUGUACCUAGCAGCACCUCUUCCAGAAAGGAUUCACAAGGCAGUAAUAGGAGUCUGGAUACUAUUACAUUAUCAGGUGAUGAACGGGACUUUGGAAGACUAAAUGUGAAGUUGUGUUAUGUUUCUUCUGUAGAACAGAUCUGGAUCACCGUUUUACAUUGCAAAGACCUGAGCUGGCCUGCUAGUUGUGGGGAAAAUCCUCAUAUCUGUGUCAAGGGAAUUCUCACGCUGCCAAAGCCAGUGCAGUUCAAAUCCUCGGCCAAGGAAGGGUGUAAUGACAUUGAAUUCAUGGAAACUUUUGUAUUUGCCAUUAAACUGCAAAACCUGCAGGCUGUCAGAUUGGUAUUUAAAAUCCAGACACAGACUCCCAGGAAGAGAACAAUUGGAGAAUGCUCCUUGGCACUGCGAGAGCUCAGCUCAGAGGAAUCGAGUCAUUGGCUGGAUAUAAACCCUCCUUCCAAAGCACCGGUGUGCCACGCAGAACUUCAAAUAGGAACUUGUUUUCAAGCAAUAAACAGGAGGAUUCAGUUACAGAUUCUUGAAGCUCAAAACCUUCCAAUUUCAUCUACACCAUUGUCUUUAAAUUUCUUUGUGAAAGUUGAAAUGUUUAGCACAGAAGGUCUGAUUUAUAAGAAGAAGACUCGUCUUCUGAAGUCCACUAAUGGCCAAGUGAAGUGGGGAGAAAUGAUGAUUUUUCCAGUUAGCCAAGCUGAACAAGGAAUCAGUUUUCACAUCAAACUCUACAGCAGAAGCUCAGUAAGAAGAAAACACAUCCUUGGACAGAUCUGGCUAAGUUCUGAUAGCAGUAACAGUGAAGCAGUAGAGCAGUGGAGAGAUACUGUCACAAACCCUGAAAAAGUUGUUGUUAAAUGGUACAGCUUCGGUCCAUCUUGAAGACUGAAGAUGAAACUAAGGACUGAUAAAAGACUUUCUACAAAAAUAUUCUUACGCUGUUUAAAAUAGUACAAAUAAAAAGAAGAUUUGACUACAUAAGUUCUUCAGAAGGCUUCCACUGCAUCAGCUCCAUGUUAACUAGGAAAACCUAGAGUUUCACAAAAAAACCUGCUGGUUAAAUAUUAUUAAGAAGAAAGCUUGGGAACUAGGAACACUUGUUCAUCUGUUGUGGGUGGGAUUUCUGUUGUUUUUUUUUUUUUUUCAAUCCACCUUGGAAAAAUAUAUUUUCCCCCCUUUCAGGCUCGAUUAGAGCAUUGAAAUCAAAUUUUGGAGAGAAGCAGCUUGAAUCACCAUCAUCUUCACUGGUCUUUGAUGUCUUCCUCAUCUGAAAUCUUGUCUUUGACAGACUCCAAAGUUGGUGGGAAUUGAUCUGGUCAGGAGCUCAGUUCUAGGCACUUCCAUCCCAGGCACCUGUGAGCCUAGGGGUUUGCGUCUGUGUUGGCACCAUUUGAUCAGAGUAACGUGUGCUUCAGCAAGUGGGAAAACUCUGGCUGUGGAAGGAGGCAUAAAGGGAGCUAUGCGAUAAGUCAGCCCCCAAAGGCUUUUCUAAUCUAUGGUGUCUGACAAAAAGGUUGUUCAAUGCCCUGAUGUGGCUUUUCCCUCAUCCCUCUCACUAUUCUAAACAUAAAAGAUAUAAAGAGGUAAAGAUAUAAAAGAUAAAGAGUUUUUCUGGCUAAUGUAAUCUUUGCAAGUGGGGCCCUUCAGACUGGAUAUGUCUGAGUUAAUACGGGUUGGAAUCAAUGGAAUAAUGCAAAGACGCAAGAGCUCUGCCUAGGAUCAGGGCCAGUAUUUUUAGAUAAAUUGCUUUAUUAUAUUUAAUUCUUGUACGUAAACCACUUCUUAUCUAAUCAACAAUGUUGUAGCAUUUACUUACAUUGCUAAAAGCCAGACUAACGUGUGCUAAAGAAUAAGCAAACAUUUACUGACAUAAGUGGUUUUUGAUAUUAGGUAAAAUACAGCAUGUUAAAGAACGCAGGCUUUGUUUAAAAGAUGGGCUAAUAUUGCAGAAGUAUUUGUUAUGUGCAUAGGAUGUUGAAAAAAUAAUGUGUGGGAGUAUAGUUUUGCUAUUUGUUUCUAACAAGGGGAAGUUACCAUAUUUUUAUUGCAAAAGAUGUUUUAUUUUUCCUACGUCACCUCUAGUAAGAUCUAGUUGUUUUUUCUGGUAGUCCCUAUAUUUUCAGGGUCUUAUCCAUAGUUAUUUUUAAGGGGGAAAAAUGCCAUGUGUAUAAUACAGAAUAUAUACAUCUAAAACACAGGCCUCUAUGCACUACUUUAACUACUGGCUUUAAAAAAAACAAUUUCAUUAAAUUCAUUGUUUACAUAUUUACUAUUGACUGUUUGAACUGUAUACACUUGUAUGUUUUGUAGGCCCUGAAUAAUUAUACUUUUUAUAACCUGAAGCCUGUUCAAACAUCUCACACAAGAGCUAGAGUGGUGCUGGGAAACACUACUACUUGAAAGGCAAAGGAGCAGUGAAAAUAUCGAAACAGGAAAGCAUGGUUGUUUUAAGCAUGGAGCUCAAAGCUCCUUUAUUUUAUGGCUUUUGACUGUUUUGAUCAGCUUUGAUUAAAUUUUUUAAGACUUCAACUAUCUAGAUUUUUGUUUUCGAAAUUUAAUAUUUUAAGAAAGAGGCAAACAAAAGGAUUUUGCCAGUCCCCUACUUCUUGACACAUUUUUUUUUAUAAAUGAACUGAAACAGUUUUAGCAUGUUUUUUAGAGAACAAAGAUUGUUUCUUGUUCUUACUGAUGCUCUUUGCAAAGUUUCCAGUAGGCCCAGCAGAUCUUGACUUAGGAUGUUAACUUCCAACCAGUUACAACAUUUAUGAUGAGUCUGGCCUGUUGAGCAAAAUGAGAACUAGAAUUGGUCCAAACUGAUCUUCUUGGAAUAUGUUUAUUGGAAGAUGUGGAUCUUUUAUUCAUUCAUUGUGGCUGGACUGCAGUAAACAGAAGUGCAAAAUAACUGUGUCCUUACACGAAAUGCUAUUUUACGUGAGAGGGAAGGGAGCAUUCCAGUGUUUCAGAGGCUGCAGUUUAGCACGAAAGUCGCUCUACGGAGAUGGCCAGCUGAGUGGAUACUAUGUAAAAUGGACUUUGGCUGUUGUAGGAUGCUGAGCCUUUUAAAGGCAUAACUGGUAAUGUCUCCUUUUUUCCGUGUUAAUAGGAAAAUAUUUUUUAGUAUUAAUCAUAAACCAUA